AGAGGUACUUACCCAAUCUUCUUUGAUACUGCGGCCACGGUUGAAUUUGCGUUUCCUUACGACUGUUUCAUCUAUUUCAACAAUCCUCCCAACUCCUCCAUAUGAUUCGUGUACGCUUGUCAAUUUUGUAGCACAUAUUUCUCGGCAAUACUCGUACCACUGAACUGCCGAAACGCCACUUACAUCGGAAAGUGUGGCCGCGAGUGUAACUGGUGCUUUUAUUAUCCAAUCGGCAACAAGUAUCAUUAUCUGCCUUAACCUUAAUUUCGAUCGAGCGAAGAAAGUUCCUGCUCGAGCUGACUUUCUCUUCCAACAUGAAGAACAUCGAAAGAUAACAUCAUCUCGGCAGGUUGCACACUGUACAAUGGUCAUUUCACUACCACAGUCACAAGUAUAUGAACUUAUCAAAAAUCCUUUCUCUUGAAGACGGUCAAUUAUAACGUCUUCGUUAAAAUCCGCUGUAAAACCGUCGUACGUAAGCAUUUUGAAAAGAAAUUGGCACCGUGACCUUGAAAACCCACGAAAGCUUCUGAUUGGCUCGGUCGUAUAGUUUAAUCCUACCGUUCUUUCUUGCUCCACAGGUUGAAUUUUUUGCGAUAUUAGUAACCUGUAAAGCCAUCCUCAUCAAUAAUAUGGUAACACAACCCCUAUUUAUCUUCCUAUUUGAUCAUGAAUCCAGGCAUUUUUAGGAUUCUCUAGCAUCCUAAGCAGACUUUGUUUCAUAUCCCCUCCUGGACUUGUGUAGAGUCAGGACUUAAAAGUUCCUUGCUCUUCGAUAUUGAGAUUUAGUUUUGUCAGCACACCAUUGAUCUAAAUUUCUUUCAUAUUCUUUUGUGAAGAACAGUACAAAUAUUUUUUCCUAGUAGUAGUGGGUUUUCUUGAUUUACUUAGCGUUAUUCAAGGUACGUACUAUCUGAUGUCUCCAGUGUAUAAGUCUGUAAAAACUGUAAGGGCAUGUGUAUGGUAAGCUCGUGUUUAGGAGGACAAUCUACCGAAGACGCUGCAUGUAAAUUUGACAGAAUAUCUGAUUUCUAAACGUCAAAUCUGACUAGGGCAGACAAAUAGAUGCUAGUAGCGAUCUAAAGAGUGAAGAAUAACAUCGCACGAUUACUUACCCAGUGAAGGAGUGUUAUCAAGGUUGAUAGUAAUUCCUUCAUUUUAAUUCUUGUACAUUGUUAAUUUCUGUCUACCACCAUCAUUAUUGAAUGUAAAUGCAUCCAAUGUCCUUUGAGAGUUGCUGGUUCACGUCUUUUAACAUUUCAUGCCCUUGAUUAUGACGCCUUUCACUCACAACAAAACUCUUGGCUAGUCAUAAACCUACCUACAGCUCGCUACUGCAAUUUAAGUGAGCUCAUUGAAGUCUAGUCGAUAUUGGUUCUUUUCUGUUCUUCGAUUUUUAAACUUCAGUUUUGACCAGAAAUGUCUACUUCAGUUACUGACUGGAUAUAUAUAUUAUUUCCAUCUGGUAUCUUGAAGAGAUCAAUUAUCCAUUUUGAGCUUAUAGUAGUCCCACCAAUUUUCGUAAUUGUGUUUUUUUAAAAACGAGUUUAAAUUUCUUACUUAGGUUAUAUUAUACUCUGAAGAAUUAUUGCCAGUAGUUGAGAAUUAGAUUUCCUCACAAAAUGGAUCUAACUCUUCCUGAAUUUAAUCACAACUGCUUCAGUACUCCGGAUCAUUCUUCUGAUAACUCCGGAAAUUCUGUAUCAAUAAAUCAUAGUUUUGCACUGAUUGAUUGCAAAAAUCCCCAAAAUGAGCAGUUGCAUGGUGCCAUUUCUGUCAGAAAUUGGAUUAACUCUGCGGUAUAUUUCACGUAGUUUGUGACAUGUUAUCCUUCUUUAGAACAAUGAUUACUUGGAAGAAAACUUGGGUGAUCUACGAAAGUGUUUGAUGCAGAAAAUUCUGGAGCUCAACUGUCAUUCUACAAGUCAUAUACUAAUUCCAGCAAUUACGAAGUUGUAUGAGUCUUUGAUAUGCUUGUACUUCAAAACCUCAAAACUUUGGUCACAUCCAUUAAGGUGGAUUAUAGGAGUAUUAAUACACGCUGACUCUCUUUAUGCCAGUACUACUAACCCGUCAAUCUCAGAUGAAGAAAUGCAACACUGUUUGACUAAUUCUACAUUUUCCAAACAAAUCAAAGGAAACAUACUACAUCUUCUAUCCUUAAUUAGUGAGGAAUUUACAACAGCCCAGUUAACUCAUAGUGUUAAAUGUGUUAUCAAAGAAAGUAUUCAUUCUGAUGAAAUUUUAGUCAGAAAUAUUCUAAAGCAAUUUAUUAACGAUGUAAAUCAUGAGGAAAUUCGUUCACUAGCUAUUCAUACUUCUGCUAUAUGGAUGUCUAAUUUUGUCCCAAAUAAUUGCCAUUCAUCGUCAGCUGAUAGUUAUUUAGAUAUUGUACAUAUGAUCUACAAUUCAAUGCAAUAUUCUGAAGACUUUUAUUUAACUGGAAUAAAUGCUUUAAUAAAUAUAUUUGAAUCCGAUGGUGUUGGACUAAAUUCAGAUAGAGACAAAGGGUUUUUACUUGAUUUUCAUGUCUCCGAAUUGACGAAGUUCAAGUAUACUUUACAACAUCUUGUUGAAUUACAUUCAGUAAAUCUUCAAAAUGGUAUUCAAUGGAAUGAAUGUAAAGAAUAUGAAGCAUUAAACAAAACUGUACUACUUUUAUCAAUCUUAUCGGAGAAACAGAUGGAUUAUCUCAUUCAUCGACUUAGUAACUCCUGCGAUAAUACCACUAAUCAGUAUAUUCAUGAAUUAUUUGAUAUGUUUCUAUUGACAUUUUCACUAACUGGUCAUUAUCCAUACGAUGAAGAUAUCAGUGAUGUUGCUUUACAAAUAUGGUUAAAUAUUUAUGAAGCAUCCAUUAGCACAACCGCCUAUACCGUCAGUAAUGUUCACGAUGAAGAUGCAAUCAAACGUAUCCAUACGGAAUUACUUCAACGCGCAUUUAUUAAAUCCCAUUAUCCAAAAGAUUUAAAUCAAUAUUAUACUGCAUGGAACCAAGAGGAUAGAGAUCGUUGGUUGAAAUUUCGUCAAGAACUCAGUAGCUGUUUUCUCUCAGUGUUCAGAUAUUUGAAUUUGUAUGACUGGUUCCGUCAGGCAACUAAUCAGCUUCAAUCUACUAUAUGCAACUGUACAAAUGAAGAAUUGCUAGCUAAUUGGCAGGAAUCUGAAGCUCUACUUUUUAUUCUAUCAUCAAUUAGUGAACAUGUAUUAUAUAAAAAUGAAUCACAAAUAAUCCCUUUAUUAAAUUUUGCUUAUAUCAUAUCAACUAUUAUAUUGAAUUAUAUUAAUAAAUUAGAACAAUAUAUUACAUAUUCAAUGAAUUAUGAUAUUCUUAUUCAUUGCCAAAAACAAUCAUUACCAUCACCCCCACUACCACCACCACCACAACAACAACAAGAACAACAUCAUCAUCACCACCACCACCACCAACAACAUCCUCCUCCUCCUCAAAUUUUUAUAUUAUGUAAAAUUGUAUUAUUAUGUAUAGAAAAUUAUUAUUCUAUUAUAGUAACCAUGGAUACAUUAUUUGAAAUUAAUCUAAUUAAAUUUAUUUUAAAUUCAUUACUACUAUCUACUUAUAUUACUACUAAUGAAAAUUAUCAAAAUGAUUUAAUUGAAUUAUGUCAUAUCUCACUUCGUGUAAUUCAAAUUAUAAUAAAGAGUAAAUUAUCUUCAUUAAAUAUGUUAGUUGAUAUGGUAACAAAUACAUUGGAUUAUUAUCUUUAUCAUACUAAAUCAAUUGAUCAAACUAGUUAUAAUUUAAUAUCAUAUUGUAUUGGUAUAUUAUUAUAUAUAUCAGAAAAACAAAAUAAACAGAUGACAAUUAACUCAUUACAAAAUAUUUUAUAUAGUCGAUUAGAAACUUUUAGAUUAUUAUGUACUAUUAAUACACAAGAUUUAAGUGAUCUUCCACAAAUUGUUAUAUCAGUCUGUUUACAAUUCACCUGUAAACAGAAUCAAAUUAAUAAAAAAUCUCAUUUUAUUACAAUUCUGCUGGACUCAUUCAUUCAAAUGUUUCAUGGUUUUGUCUCAGUUGAACAGCCAAUUGAUAAUGGAAUAUUAGUUGAUCACCAUAUUAUAACAAUUCUAUCAAAAUUAUUAUGUUACUUAAAACAAUCAUUAACAGAAGUUGCAUUUUCCCAACUACCAGAAUAUUUUAUACAGUAUCAUAAACUCUUACAAGUUGGUUUACCCAUCUUCACAUGUUCAUUGAAUAAUCCAAUGGAUGAUAUAAUGAUUUCUAUGGUUAUUGAAUCAAUCCAUUGUAUAUUCUUUACAAUUCAUCAUAUAUUAGAGAAAUAUAAUAAAUUAGAUGAGACCAUAUUGAAACCUAUACAAUACUUUAUUGAAUGGUUAUUCAAUGAUCAAUCUAAUAUGAAUGAACAUUCAUCAUUUAUAAAUUUGGCUUCCAGUUUAUUGUCUAAUAUUUUAGAUAAAAUUAAUAUACUACUUAUUAAUCAAACUAUUAUAGUAGAUGAUAAAUUAUUUGGAAAAUAUAUAGGAUAUACUAAAGAAGAACGUAUAAAUCAUCCUUUAUCACCUAUAUUAAUGUCAUUUAUUGGACAAUCUAUUACAGAAGAAAUUGAAAUAUCAAGUCGAUUUAUAAGUCAAUUAAUCAAUUUCAAAUCUCAAGAAACAAAAGGAAACCAACAAAGAAAACCUAUUUUCAAUCUCUUCAAUGAUGAUGCUCAUAUGUCGCUAAAAUUAUUUUUAUCCCUAGCAUUCAGCGGCAUUAGUGUACCAGAAUGUUCAACUGUCGAGUCAUGUAUUCAAUUAGCAUGUCAUUUAUUAACUAUAAUAACUUAUGAAAACAAUAUUGAUCCAUUCAUGAUUUUAGAUGAUAAAUUACUCUUUGAAAUUAAUAUAUGUAUAUUAUUAAUAUUAACGAAAGGUAUACCACCACCUGAAAAACUUCUAAUAAAAUAUGCAGAACUUUAUUGUUGCUUAGCAAAUUUAUUUCCAUGUAAACAAUUUAUUUUUUUAAGUUUUAUCACUGGAAAUAUACAAUCUAUUAGUCAAGAAUAUCAAUUAAAAUUAACCCAAAUACCACAUAGUAACAUAUUGAUCGAAUUGAUUACAGAUUGUUUAUGUUAUACAAGUUUAACGGAACGAGCACAAUUUGUUACUAUGGUAACAAGACCUUCCCUUUCAUUGAAUAAAGUUACUAGAAGUAUAUCAACAUUUAUGCAUUUGUUGUCAUCGAAAAGACAUGGAAAUUGUUAAACAUAAAUUUAUUUAUA